UCCUAGUAACAGUUGCACGUGAUUUCCGGUACUGACCAUUUCUAUAAAUGUCCAGCAGAAUUAUGCUUCAAACGCAGUUCGUGUCAGCAACGAAAGGACUUACUUGAAAACCAACAAUGAAAGGAUUUAUUGGAAUACUCGCUGUGGUUUACCUGUUCCAUCGUGCAGAUGGUGCUGCGGUGACCUUCACAGGGCUAACGGGAGUUUCGGGAAGUGCGGGAAAUACAGUUGCAACAGUAAGCGUGGUGGAAACGAGUGCGGACUCGUUCUUACUUUUCACUGUGACGGCUACUCCGGCAUCUGCUACAUUUGCAUUUGCUGCUGAUGGGAAUCCAGACGCGAUUGCUAGUGCUACAAUCACUGCCGGGGCUGUGAAACUGGCAACCGGUAAAACCUUAGACAAGGAAACGAAAUCAUCAUACGUGUUAAAAAUAGUCGGCACCGAUAGCCCGGAUACUGCAACUUUAACUGUCACCCUUACUGUGACAAACAGGCUUGAGUUUGCAAAGACAAGCUACGAAGUUUGUGUAGCUGACGGCACUGUUGCAGGGACUGUGAUUGGAACCUACACAGCUGUUGAUGCUGUUUCAGGCACAGACACCGUAUCCUACACUAAUGCUCCUUCUACUGACCUGACUGUUGACUCCUCAACUGGCGCGCUCAAGGUUGCGACGAGCAAAACACUGACUAGCGCUACAGUUGGCGGAUACACCACAACAAUCACUGCAGACCAGACUGGAUCGAAUGGAGCUGCCUCAGCGGACGGUACAACUCAAGUGAAGGUCACGGUCGGAGGAUGUAGCGGAGCUGGACAGAUCAAGUUCAUGGCCAUUUUACUGCUGAUGCCACUGCUGCUCACACGUGUGUUUUAGUUUCUCAACGAAUGUGCAUUAACACCGUGGACUUGUCGACUUUCUUUAAGUUUAUUGAGAAUGAAUAAAAUCAGAACUCCAAGUUGUAUUAACGAGAUUUAUAUUGCCAAAAAAGUAUGGUGAUUUACAUGUAUAUUGUAAAAACAUGGAUUAAUUAAUUUUUAAAUAGUUAUUACAUGAACAAUAUACUAUUUCAUAAAAUGCAUUGUAAAUUAAGAAUUCAAAAAGAAGCUUAAAUGCAAUAAGAUUUUUCAUAUGUAAAAUGGUAGAUUUUGAUAACAUAUAUACAUGGGCUUUGGAGAAUACAUGGUUGAUAUUGUUCGUGAUACUAACUUAUUUGUAUAUUAAUGAUAUUGUCCCUCUAUGAAAUACCUUUGGGUACUUGAUUUUUUGGGAUAAUUGGACUUGUGUGUAAUUAAAUAAGUUUUUGGUUCUUUAUUUUGAAAUAAAAUCUUACUUCAA